AUGACAAAAUUAAAAGUAGGAGAUAAAGCACCAGAAUUUACAUGUCCAGAUAAGGAUGGUAACCAAGUUAGUCUAAGUCAAUUCACUGGUCCAGUUGUAUUAUAUUUCUACCCAAAAGAUGAAACCUCUGUCUGCACUAAACAAGCAUGUGAAUUUAGAGAUAAAUAUCAAGCAUUUAUCAGUGCCGGUGCAAAUGUUAUUGGUGUCAGUCAAGACGAUGCCGCUAGUCAUGCCAAAUUUACAUCCAAGUACUCAUUACCAUUCACAUUAUUAACUGAUAAAGACGGAAAGUUAGCAAAAGAAUAUGGUGUCGGUAAAACUGCAUUAUUUUUACCAGGAAGAACAACAUUUAUCAUUGACAAAGAUCAUAACAUUGCCCAUGUCCACUCAAGCUUAUUAAAUGCCUCAUCACACAUCGAAGAAUCCCUUAAGGUUAUUGAAAAAUUAAAAAGCCAAUAA